CCGUUAUUACUAUAUUCGGUUUAUUUGUAAAUGGACGCAGAGAGUUUUUUUUCUCUCUUUGUAUAUGAUCAUAGUGAGAAGUAGCUGUCAACGAGUGUGAAUGUUUUAAAGUAAAUAACUUUGAAUAGUGGAUGUGAAGAUAGUUUCGAACAAUCGAAAUUGCCGUCAAUUUGUCAUUUAUAGCGGCUAGUGAAAUUUAAUAUUGAAAAUAACAUAUGCUUUUGCGGAUCAUCCCCGAAGCUUUAUAGAGUGAUAACUGAUAGUGGAUUAAAGACGAUUUACAUUUGUUUUCUCCCAUAGGAUGUAACGAUAAAAAAUUUGAUAGACGGGGAAAAAUUAGAUUGUUAAAUACAGUAACCGGUAAAUAAAUUGACCAUUGGAUUUGAUACACUGAAUUUUACAUAAAUAAGGUAUAAUGCGUUGAAGUUUGCAGCUGAUUGGGAAGAACAGAUUCAAGUUUACUGAGGGCAUAACACUUACAACUGUGUUUCAAGUGUGACAAAAAUGUGUUUAUAGGGGUGAGGAGUUAAGAGAAAUAUUUCAGGAACCAGUCAAGUUAUAUUCAAGACUUGGGAUUGUUGAUAUUUUGGAUUCAAUCUGGAAGCUAUUACACUCAGGGAAGGUAUGUUUUGAAUACAGACAAUGCAGAUGUGCAGAACAAUGUUGUUGGAUAUAUACAUCACAGCAGAUGCGGAUAAAAAAAUAACCGAGUUAUAUUACGAGUUAUAGUAUUAGGCAUAGUGUUUAGCUUAUAAAAGUGACUAUAGUGCGAGUGUCAGUGUUAACGUAGAAAUAUUCAGAACAAGGAAAAACCAUGCGGACAGAACUUUCUUAGGAUUUUCCCUGGUGUUUUUUUUUGUUUUUGAUUUUUUUUUACAUAUAAAAAAGAGGAGAAACCGAUCUGUGCACAUGUGUUAGGAUUUUAAGCAAGGAAAAGAACCAUGUGGACAAUUCAAUUUUAGGAUUUGAUGUGAUUUCUUGGAUAUGUAAUUUUGUUACACUGUGAUAUAGCAAGGAGGACUAUGGAGUUAAGAGGGGAGAUAAUUGGACGGCUACUUGUCUUCGGUAUCAUAUUUAUACUCAGGGCAAGUGGGCUUCAGGAGUUUAUAGAACGACCUCAAGAUCUCAGCGUUGUAAAAGGUCAAACAGCGGUUUUGAAAUGUGCCGUAACAAACAGGGUCGGAAUGAUACAGUGGGGGAAAGGGGAGAUAAAUCCGAUCAUGCUUGGGUUUGACAGGCAGAUUCCAGGAUACAAUGGAAGAUACAGUAUUAUAGGUAACGAUCAAAAAGAGUUCAACCUGCAAAUUCUCAAUACAAACUUAGAUGAUGACGAUGUCUUCCAGUGCCAAGUAGGCCCUGCUGACAACAACCCAGGACUGCGAGCAAGUGCCAAACUCACAGUUUUAGUUCCGCCAAAUUUUCCAGACAUUGUUGAUUAUUCUAACGGGUCAGUGGUUGAAGUGGCAUACACAGAACCUGUGAAAAAGUUGGUGUGUAUCUCGACGGCAGGCCGACCAGCGGCGACCAUCAAGUGGUUUAGAAAUAGUCAGGAAGUCACAGAAAACGUGGAAUAUGUGACAACGAAAAUAGCCAACGAUAAACGAGAAGAUGCGAGAAGUAUUCUGACGUUGAACCCGACGUACCCAGAUGAUAAUAAUGUGCAGUACACGUGCCAGGCUCAUAAUAAUGCACUGAUCAACGGUCCUUACAGAGUUACUGUGAUUCUCAGUGUCUUAUAUCCACCAUCUCCACCUAAGAUAACCGGAUAUAAAACUGAUCAAGUUAUACGAGUAAAUGACACAGUUCAACUCAUGUGUACUUCCGAGGGUGGCAACCCACUUGCCCAGAUAGCCUGGUUCAGGAACAAUGCUCAGGUCGAUUUCUCAUACAGCCAGCGUGACAACAAAGCUGAAAACGAGCUGAUAAUUACCGCGGAAAGGUCGGACAAUGAUGCCGAGUACAGAUGUGAGGCGUGGAAUAGCGUCAACUUUGAACAACCUCUGAUGGUGACCCGGAAACUUGUAGUUUACUUUGCACCAAAGACGGCCACUAUUACCGGUACACGAGAAGCGAAGGCGGGUGAGACGUUGACGUUGACUUGUACGACUUCAAACAGUAACCCGGAAGCCAUCAUUGAAUGGAUACCUCGGAAAGAGACUGGAGCAAAUAUUCGGUCGAGGACUGAAGUGUCUCCAAAUGGUGGAUAUAUUACUAUAUCAGAGAUAGACAUUACGUUGUCUAACACGCAGACUAGUGCAAUAUACACGUGCUCCGCUGAAAACCGACAGCUUGGGAUUACAGUAGCUGAUACGGCCACCGUUGGUGUUCUAUAUCCCCCAGAAGCGCCUGUGAUAACUGGGUACAUUGAGGGUGAGUCUAUUCGUGCUGGUGAUCUAGUCAAGCUGAGAUGUACAGCUAUGAGAGGAAAUCCCCCUGCCACACUGAAAUGGUUCAAAGGAGAUCAAGAAGUUACAGAAGUCAAUGACUUGUCAGCAGGAAAUAUUCCAAAUUUGGAGGUUGCCAUAGUAACCAAGGCAGACGACAAUGGUGCCAUCUAUAGGUGUGAAGCGUCGAACAAGGCUACAGACAGUCCUCUUGUAGCACUACGAAAACUGACAGUGCACUUCCCACCAGCCAAGGUGAAUAUAUCGAGUGAUCCAGUGGUAGCUCGUGCAGGUCAUCGCCUAAGGCUCACGUGCACGUCUGCGUCCAGUAACCCGGCCGCGGAGAUAACCUGGAUGCAUGACAACCAUAAAUUGACUGGUACCAACAUUGGAAUGACCAGUGGAGUAAAUGGCGGGAAAAUAUCGAAGAACCAGUUAGAAAUUAUUCCGACGUCUGCUGAUCACAACUCGGCAUACGGUUGCCGGGCAACCAACUUGGUUCUACAAGAGACUAUACACGAUGCUAUUACAUUAAAUGUCUUAUUUAAACCCGAGUUUAGAGAUAAAGAUGAUACUGUUCAAAUUACUGCCGGAGAAAGUAGGAUCCUUAAUCUGACGGCUACAGCUAACCCAGUCAAUGGCACAUAUGUGUUAAAACGUGGAGAAACAGUUAUUAAAGCUGGGGACGUCAUAAGUUUUUCUUUCGAGGAAGGGGCUUUAACGAUUUCAGCAGUAUCGAAAGAGGAUUCUGGGACGUAUACGGUCACAUGUACAAAUGUAAUGGGCAGCACUUCGUUCGAUUUCACUUUGGAUGUGUUAUAUCCGGCAGAAAUCUACGAGUCAAACCCUGUCACAGCUGAUGCGGGAACUUCUGUGGAGUUGAAAUGUCUCGUGCGUGGGAACCCGAUGGUACCUGACAUGGUGACGUGGAAGAGGGACGGGUUUGACAUGACACGUGCGUUACCUUCAUAUGCCGAGGGCGUCGGCACUUUGAUUAUAGAAAAUGUAGAGAAAACAGAUUCGGGAACAUUUACUUGUUUAGCACAUAAUGGAAUAGGCGAAUCUACCCAACAAACAAUAGAACUGACUGUCAAAUUUGUUCCAGUGAUUGACAAGGCCCCUAAAUACAGCAAGGCAGCAAGUGAGAUGGGAAAAGUGGGAAAGUUAGAAUGUUACGCCCAGGGAGCUCCUACCGUAUCAUUUAAAUGGCAAAAGGAUGGCGUGGAUAUUGUAUCAGAUGAUGUGAAAUAUGUGAUACGUGAAAAGGUGACUGAGGAAAUCAACUAUGAGAAUAUCUUGUCAAUAAAAAAUGUUGUGAAAAGUGAUUAUGGGAUAUACCAGUGUAUUGUCACCAAUGAAAAAGGGGAAGAUAGGCUGGCUGUAAACUUUGCUGAUACAACAAAGCCUGACCCUCCGGACAGUAUAGAGAUAGUAAAUUUUACACAUAACAGCGUAACGUUAAAAUGGAAUGCUGGAUUUAGCGGAGGUUUGGUUCAGCAUUACAGGGUACGAUACAAGAUGGCACAAGGUUCACAGGGCUAUACACAAGUUGAUGUGCAACCAAAGACCAGUACAGUGUUUACUGUUAGAGGUCUGGCGCUCGGCACAGAGUAUGAGAUGAGUGUGAUGGCGUAUAAUGAUAUAGGCGACAGCGAUUAUUCUGUGGAAGUUGUUGUUGCAAAAACUUCAAAUUUAGGCAUAGUUUGUCAUAGAUUAGAAGAUUUGAAGCCAACGUCUGAUGUGAAGAAGGAGGAGGAGAAAGCAGAAGAUAUGCCCGUUAUUAUAAUCCUGGUCGUCUGUGUAGUCGGGAUCUUCCUGCUCGCCCUCAAUAUCGGACUCAUACUGUUCUUCGUUAGAAGAAGGAAGAAAAGAAUGGAAAAUGGCAGCGACACAACUAGUCAUACCAAUACAAUAGAGCUGUACGGUCCGAAUAAAGAAACGCAAUUGUACCCAAUGACCCCAUCGGACGAGUCAAGGAGCUACGGCACUUACGAUAAAAAUGAUGACGAUUUCUCAGACGAUUAUAAAUCUUACGAGCAGCAGCAGCAACAACGACAACACAAAUGUGUGUCCAUGGAUGACUGCCUAUGUCUCGGGAAAACGACAACGUGGAAAGAUAAUUGCUGUUUUGACCCGGGGGAUGAAGAUUUGAAAAGGGUUUUCCUUCCUCCCCCAGAGUACGGGGGCGUAACUUAUUCUCAUAAUAAACUUGAUUCGCCAACAUUUGAUCAUCGGCAUCCGUUACAUACAGAACCGAAGCACGCAUACACACCUAGUGAUACAGAUUCUUGUAGGAAGUCACCAUGGACUUAUGAAGAUCCAUACACUAGUAAAGUAUAUCGUGGAAAAGGGACAUUUGACACUGAUUAUCCUGACAGGGGCAAGGAUUAUUCUGGACCUCAAUAUGAACCUAAUGGUCAUGCUGGGGGUACAAGACCUAAGAGUAUAACAGAGCUGUCAGAAAGGUCAAGUAGACCAUCUAGUCGUGGGGUAAACAAGACCCCACCCCCUCCCCCAGUGAGGUCUUCCAGUAAAGGUGCGGCAGAUAUCCCACCUCUACCUGCCAGGAACUACGAGUCUCAAGAUAUUCCCCAGCCUAGAUAUGUACCACCACCAGGUUCAUCAACAUCAUUCGGUAAUAACAUUAAUGUGAUUAACAAUCCUCAUUAUAACGGUCCGUCGGGAAGAACCCCCUCACCAGGACAAACCGACCCCACCGACGAUAUGCGAGGAUAUCUCGUAUGAUAGACUGUGCCAGAUUUUCACAGACUGGUUUAAAUACUUGAAUCUGUUUGUUGAUUUCACGAGAUUACUUGGAAUAAGUGCAAUGUAUUGAAAAGUAGCAUUAUUAAAUUAUUCGAGGGGACCGGAAAUUAGGUACAUGCUUGAAAAGCAUGCAUAGGGAGAAGUGAUUAUUUGAAAAUAAUACAUACAUAAUAAGCGCUGGAAAUAAAUUGAAACCAUAAGUUCCCUACACUAACUACCAUAUGUGUAAUUAAAGAGGUUAAAAGGUUGUAUAACCUCUUAUUAGUGUAAGCCAAUGGUAAAACAAUGUAAGUUACAAGUCACAGGAAAUUGGUGAAAUAUACAUUUUUUGAGAAUUCAUCUGCAUUGACAGUAUAUGUACAUGAAUAUAACUGAAAAUGUGAGGGUUUUUUCUACCAUUGACUAUUACAGAAUUUAGUAAUUAAGAAAGAUGAGAUAUUAAUUACUUUUUAGUAAUUACAAAAUAUGAGUAUUGUUAUUACUGAAAUUAGUAAUUAAAAUGUAUAUUUACAGAAAUUAGUUGUAUAGAAAUAUGCUAAUUACAGAAAUUAAGUAAUUAUGAAACAUGUUAAUAACUGAAAUUAGUAAUUAAAAGAAAUAUUAAUUACAGACACUACUCAUUUUGAGAGAUUUCUAUUAUGGACAUAAGUAAUUUGGAGAGAUAAUAAUUACAGAAAUUAGUAAUUUAAAGCUAUACUUUGGUGCUGUAAUGUGCUUCGGAAGUAGGGAAUGCAUGGACAAGUGAAGAAUGAGUGUGAAAGAGACAUUUAUCUGACAAUAUCAACACUGUUGUCAAUAAAUAGAAGAAGUACGUCUGCCUACAAGUACGUCUACCUAUGAUGACCAUGUUUGGAACAUUUAACCGGCAUACAUCAGCCACUUCUGAGGAGAGAAAUGCUUUUGCCAAGGACACAUCAGCAAAAUGAAAAGUGGCAACAUGGCAACAACCAGUGGCUGUUUUAAGCAGUAUUUUACUUUCUGAUCUUAGUUAUGAGUUCAAAUGUAAAACUAUGAUGGUGGCAAAAUGUUGUUCUGCCUGUUAUGUUAUAAUUCAUUUUAUGUUAAUAUAUUAGUUACAAGCUAUAAUUUAAAGGGACAGUACUGUGUGGUACACAUUUUGUUAACAAUUUUUGUGUAUAACUUCUUUUGGGCAGAAGUCUUGAGCUGGUUAUUCUGUCCUUAAUUAAUUUUUAAGGGUUUGAAAGUUUUUCUUGGACUUGUACAUGAUAUUCAAGUAUUGUAACAUGAAUCAAGUGGCUACAUGGGGAUGUGGUUAAGCCCACUGACUGCCAAUCAUUUGCCGCUCUUCAGGUUCAAAUUCCACCAGUGAUGUUAGGGGUUGGUCAUGUGAGGAAGCUAUCCAGCUAACAUUUGGAAGUUGUUGAUAAUGCCAAACUGCUCACUCUUCACUGAAAUAAUGAAUAGGUGGGGUUUCUGGGCUUUUCCUCCAAUAGUAAAGCUGAAAAGUUGUCAUGUGACCUUAGCAGUGUCAAAAAAGACUUCAAACCCAUCAAGACCCACUAAAAAAGGAACUUGCAUCCUAUUUCAUAUGCCAAAGAAACCAAUUUUUAUAUGUUAUUUGUACGAUUUUU